AUGUCAAACUUUGCUGAUCCAGAAGAGCUCGACCCUUGGGCUGCCGAGCCAUCGCAACCCGGUUCGUCAGCCAACAACGCUAUCAUCCUCGACGAACCACCAGAAGAUGCUCCACCUCCGCCGUACUCCGUUCCCCCGCGUCGAGGUUUCCACCAGCCACAAGUCUCCACCAGCAACAUCGAUGGAGCUGGCACACAUGUCAAAUCCACCGGCAUGGAAGGUCGAGACCAGCUUCUCCUCUUCGUCUUUAUUCACGGCUUCAAAGGAUCCUCCGAAACAACUUUCGAAGAUUUUCCCUCCCGUCUCACAUACAACCUUCAAGAAACCUACCCUGGCUUACAUGUCAAAUCCGUCGUAUAUCCAACCUACGACACUCGUGGCAGUCUCGCUGCAGCUGUCGAUUUGUUUGUCGAAUGGCUGACAGAGCAAACGGUGAAGCUGGAGUCGAAGCCAGAGAUCGAUGCGAGCACAGGAGACAUCCUGCCCGAUUCCGGGAAAGGUGGUGGGAUGGGCAGUGUCAAGAUUGUUCUAGCGGGGCAUUCUAUGGGUGGUUUGGUAGCUGUUGAUGCUGCGCUCGCGAUUGCACAGAACAGCGCUGAACAACAGCAGAGGAUACCGAACGAGAAGCGAUCCAGCUUAAAACUCUGGCCCAGAGUAGUCGGCGUGCUAGCGUUCGACACUCCGUACUAUGGCGUACAUCCAGGAGUCUUUAAGCAUGGGAUCAACAAGUAUGCCGCUUACUUGCAGGCCGCGCAGAACAUCGGCACUUUUCUCGCACCGAUCGGUGUCGGCCUUGCGGCUAGGUGGAACUCUGAACGUCAAUCGCAGGGUCCAACACAGGCUUCUAGGUCAAAUAACAGCACUAGAGCUACUCCCUCCAGUAGCAACAGCAACAGCAACAAUAACGACGCCGCAGCCUCCGCAAGUGCCUCUUCAAACUGGCGGACAGCCCUCAUGGCCACCGGAGCAGUCGCCCUCGCUUCUGGUGCUGCUGCCUCCGCAGCUUACUUCAACAAAGACAAAAUCAACGGUGCCUACGGUUGGGUUUCCGACCAUCUCGCUUUCGUCUCCAAUCUUUGGGACGACAACGCCCUCCGUGCCCGAUUAGACCGGUUAGUUGACCAACCGCAGAUCUUGUUCCAUUGCUAUUAUACUCGAUUACCAGCUUCUUCGCGCGCUGCAAACCCCACCAAUGCAGGACAGGCAAGGGAUAGAACAUUCAUAAUCCUUCCUCCUCGUUCAGCCCGAUGUGCGGGAAGCUUUGAGGCGACGGACAAUAUCAAGGCAACAGAUGAGGUGGAUGCGCAUAUUAGUAUGUUCUCUGCGAAGAACAAUCCGAGGUAUUUUGAUCUAGGCUUGAAGACGAAUGGGUUGAUAGCGAUGUGUCUGGACAAUGAGACAAGGUUUGGAGAUCAAUUGCAUGCGCAGGAGGAGGCGGAAGAGAGAAGGCAGGAGUUGGAGGAGGAGAAGGGGUUGAGAGAUGGUGAUGCUGAGUUGGACGAGUUGAAGAAGGAGGCUGUGCAUGAUACGCAGGCGCAGUCUUAG